AUGCUUGGACAACACAGUGACAAUGUCAAGAUUGAGUUGUGCCCACCACUCCUUGGUGUUCUCACUCUGGACUUUGCCAUUGACGUCAAAGUAUGUGACUGGAGGGUCAAGGACUGUGGUGGUACUAUCCAGUAUCAUGUUGACAGUGUGUAG